GUGCUCUGUACAUUUCUCCGUACGGAGUAUUGAACUAUCCGUAUACGUAAUAGUGGUAUCAAUCAUCGGGCUUUUACACCAUGUGGGAGACUUUCUAGAUUUCGUCUUUUCUCACCUCUGGCCCCCAACAUCCCGACAACCGACCAUCGACAUGUCUGCCUCGAACACUUCGCAGGAGUUGAAGGGCGCGCCUGGAGUGGCCAUCGUCGUCAACUCCUCUCCCAAGGUCAUUGCCACCCGGCACGGCAAUGUCGUCCUGGUACCGCCACCAAGUGGUGACCCCGAAGAUCCAUUGAACUGGACAAUGCGUAGGAAGAUCACCAUCUUUGCGUGCAUCUGUCUCGCUGGAUUCGCUGGCCAGAUGUCGCCCAAUUCGAACCAGCUCACCUUCAUCGAGCAGGUGCCCGUCUAUCACAAGACGUCGACUGACCUCCUCAACUCGGUUGCCGUAGCUCUUGCUGGCUGGGUCGCUGGACCUUUCUUGUUGGUUCCACUCGUCGCAGUUAUCGGCCGCAGCGCCGUCGUGUUCUGGAGUCUGGUGGGUGUCUUUGUUUGCCAGGUCCGGGCCGCCGAAAUGACUGGUGCUAAUGACUACAUCUCUUUCACCGUCUCUCGACUCUUCUGCGGCAUUUUUGGUGGAAUUCCCGCCAUCAUUGGCAGCGGGUACAUCAUCGACAUGUUCUACCUCCACCAACGAGGUAAAGCUUUUACCGUCUUCAAGGUCUUGAUCAUCUUCGCCGUUGUCGGUGGUGGUACCUUGGGGGGCUUCGUUGCCCAGACGCAGCCUUGGAAUUACGUCUUUUGGUGGACGCUCGGCCCUGUAGGCGCUGCCAUCGUGUUAGUAUUCCGCUUUGUCGAGGACACGACGUUUAGUCGUGAUCCAGAGGUCUCAAGCCGUGCUCCCCUGCCCAAGAGCUGGGUCGCAAACCGUAUUGCUACUUAUCUUCCAGGCAUCAGAACCCGGCCGGCAGGUAAAGGAGCCGAGUUUGUGAGACAGGCUUUCACCCCGCUCCAGAUUACUUUUGCCCCUAUCACUCUCCUGAUGGGCACGUACAUCUUCAUUGCGCUAGGUCUUCCUAUCAUGCAAGCGUCGAAGUUGACAACCUACGUCCAACCUCCAGUCGCAGCUGGCGGGUACGGAUUCUCUUCCCUCCAAAUGGCAUUCUUCACGAUGACCGCAUGGGUUGGCAUAAUCUGUGCUCGGGUUUACGGCUAUCUUUUCAACGACAAAGCCCCUCUGUGGUUAGCUCGUCGCCGUGGUGGGACUUGGCACACUGAAUACCGCUUAGCCAACACGAUAUUAUCAUCAAUUCUCUUGCCAUUGGGCUGGGACUUGUGCUAUAACUACGUGGUCGAAUGCUUCCUUCACAACCCAGUCGAGACGCCUGUCUCUCUGAACGCUUGCCGUGUAACGUUUGGUCUGAUCUCAGUCUUCAUUGUGACCCAGUGGCAGUCGGUUGUUGGUGUCGGUUGGAUGUGGGAAUGGGGCAUUUGUUCAUUGUGUUCGUUGAUAUCAUAA